CAGGCUAGGAAUUCGGUGUAUAAAUUACAAAAUUGAGGCAGAGCACAAAGUUUCGGACUAAGAUUUUACGCCAAAUUUCGGCUUUUUAACAAUUUGAUAUCAAAAUUCGUUGUGCAAGUUGAAGGCAAGCGAGAAGCUUUGCUCGAAGGCCAAAAGAUGACAAUGCGACUGAAUUUGGGCACAAUACUGAAGAGUCAAGUGAAGAGCUCUUUAAGCGAGUCCGACAAUCUGGAUCCGCCGCUGGCCGUCGCCAAAGCAAAUGCCAAGCUGCGCCUGGGCUAUGAUAAUUCGGUGCGCUACUUUCCGGACAAGUCGGACGUGAAGAAUCGCGUCAACUCCAUGAUGGCCAACAUACACAAGCAUAUGAAAACCACGUCGCCGCCGCGCAAGGCCGUGCCGGCCAUUCCCGCUCCCAUAGCGCAGAUCUCUUCGCCGCCGAGUCUGACCAGCAAAUCGGCCAGCUCGAAGAAGAUACGCCGUAUACGGGGCGGCGGUGUCGGUGGUCUGACCAGCAACACAUCGCCAGUGUUGCCCAUUUCACAGAUCAAGGCCAGAAUGAACCGGCAGUCGCAGCAGGUGAUGAGGCGCGGCUACUCGGAGAUUGGUCCAAAGAGUUUUAGCAAUCAGCGACGUAUUCGAGAGGUGCUGCUGCAGAAAACUGUGCUAGAGAACAUGUUGUUACAGCACAAGAGAUUGCAGCGCGACAGGCAAACGAUUGCCUCGGACAUACAGCGGAUGCGUCAGGAUCUGGACAGGAUCAAAAAUAAGCUGGACACAUCGCUGCAAACAUUGAACUCGACGCGCACCCUCUACACAGGCGUUAGCAAGGGCAAAAAGGGUGCGGCCAUUGUUGCGCUGCCGACGAAUGUCGUCAACGAUGCACCCGGAUCGACUCGGUCGGGGGGCGCCAAGGCCCGAUCCGCUGCCUCCAAACUGGGUAAUGUAACCGCUAAACGGCAGCAUUCGGCCGCAGCGAAGCGUCGCAAUCGUCUUUGAGUUGGCCAAAAAUCAAUUUGAUAGUUGCACAGGCGGCAAAUUAGGUUAAUAGUAAUUUAUUUUGAGCACAAAAGUCAAGAAUAACAGUAUGAAAUAUAGCGCGGCAAAAUAUUAUUUGCAACAAA